GUCAUAACCGUGAUAACAAGAUGUGUUGUGCUUCUUAUUCUGCUAUUAUAAUAAAUUAUAUACUUCCUUUAACGUGAUGGCUAUUUUCGAGAAAUCAUUCCAAACCAAUUCUACAUUAGACGAUACAGAAACACUCAUUUGUACAUUGGAAAAUGCACUGAACGUCGAUAAACAUACUGAAUAUAUUUUACGUGUGCAACGAGGACCAUCGAAAGAAAACAAAUGGGAUGUCUCGCGGAGGUACAAACACUUUUCGGAACUUCAUACGAACUUACAAAAGUCUAAUAUCGAGUUACCACUGCCUCCCAAAAAACUUAUUGGGAACAUGCAACCAUCAUUUAUUGCCGAGAGACAAGCUGCUUUACAAAAUUACAUAAGAGAAGUUUUAAAACACCAUGUGUUAGCACUCUCAUUACCAGUCAGAAGUUUCUUGGACCCAAAAAAUUAUUCUGUUACAAUUGCAGAGCAAGCUCUGCAAACAAUAUCAAUAGCACUACGAGGAGAUGGUCGAUAUGAAUUAAAAGGUCCUCUACCAGAGAUUGGUUGGAGGAUUAGAAAACAAUUCUUUAUGGUGGAUGACACCGAUACUAACAUAAAUUGUAUGUUGCAAUGGAUGAGUAAUGGCCCAGAUAAAUACCUCAGCGGUAAAGAUUUACAAACUGCAUUCAAAUGUUUGCAGAAUAUGUCUCAUCCUUAUAUAGAUGAAUUAUUAGGAUAUCAAAAUUUAGAAACGGGUGCCUAUGUAGUUAGAAAAAUACAUGAGAAUGGAAGUGUGAGAGAUAUUUUGUAUGGCACUGAAUAUACAAAGAAUUAUUUAGCAAAGUAUGGCAACCCUAAAGUAAGGAAACCUUUCACAACUGGACAAUUAUCACAUUAUGGAUAUCAGAUAUUGCAAGCGUUGAAAUUUUUACAGGAUAAAGGAUUACCACAUGGACAUAUACACCCAGGGAAUAUAACAAUAGAGAAUCAAAGAGUACUAUUGUUGGAUAUAGAGAAUGUAUUACUUGGUGUGCCGUGUCUAUACCGACCGUAUUUAUUAGAGCUACGUCAUACGAACACGGCUGAGGCUGUCGAUGUGCACUGCUUCGGUAGAACAUUGUACGAAAUGGCCCUUGCUACGACUUUAGAUCAAUAUUACUGUGAUAUAUACCCAGAGGAUAUGUCUGAAGAUUUAGUAUCAGUACUCCGUCUAUGUCUAUCUUCUACAUCAUGUAAACACGGUGGGGCAUCACUGGACGAUCUCCUGCACCACCACUUCUUCACGCGAGCCACUCUGAACGGCCUGACUCCUCGCCCCGACACACGGCAACAUCUCAAGUUCCCGCUACCUCUGAAAGACGAAAUCAAGAAAGCACUCGCUUGUGCAGAACUGAGAGUCAAAGCUGAUCAGAAAUUAUUAAGGAGUGCAAAGAGAGAAGUAAGAAUACAGGAAAUAUUAAAUUCAGAAGAGGAAAUGAAGAAACAGAAACGAAGAGUGAAGAAACGCGACAGUAUAUGGAAGUCGACGUCGUCGUUGGCGGAGACUGUGCGCUCGCACAGCGCCAGCACCACCUCCUCGCCCACACCGCCCGUGCUUUCUGGUGAUACGAGUGGCAAUGGUUCCGUGUUAACUAGUCCGUCUGAAGGUCGCGGCGCGUUACUACAAGCUAUCUGUUCCUUUGAUAAAACUAGACUAGCUAAAGUUAACUCACGUUGACGGAAGUGUGACACAGAUAG